AUGCUAAGCUGCCAGCACAGGCCCAAACAAAGCAAGACCACAACGCGCUCGUUGCAAGCAUCACCGACCAUCUGCCCAAAACAUGAGGAGCCACGACGGUUUUGCGAUUGGCGAAGAGCGUGCGCUCAGGAGCGCAGCGAUUGGACUCCAAGCGACCCCAGCUCUGCACUUUACGAGCAGCGUGCACGGGACCAUGGCAAGAGCACGAUCUCGAAGGCAAAAGUAAAAGUGGUGCUUCACAAGGAGCACUUAAAAGGGAGCAAGGACAAAAACUCCAAAAACAACAACGACGCUAAUAUUCAAGCACUCCAGCCUGUACAGUAUGAGCGCGACGAGGUGCACCAAGUGCUCGCGAAGGAGGGCGUGCAUGCCCAGCCUUCGCAGCCGGCCCGCGGUCCACCACCCCCAGGUCCUCCUGCCCAGGACGGUCAGGUCCUGCGAGCAGGGACCACUUACGGAGCAGCCGUUCCACUCCAGCCCUUUCAAUCGAGUGAAAGCUCGCACUCCGCGCAAUCUAUCUUCCUCGCUCUCCUGGCCAUGGCCAGCGGUGUGGCGAUCGUUAUUUGCUACUUUGGUCAAGACACCAUGGACGGCGCCGCUCAGGUGGAACUCUCGGAGACUUACACUGCCGGCAAGCUCUUCAGAGCCUACGGCUACCGACCCUCCGCUGAAGGAAGGGAGGUGGGCCAAGUGCGCCAAGUGGGCCAAGGCUGGCCACUGGCGGUGUUCUUGCACGGCACCCGGCGGGCGCACGACGACGCAUUUGGGGCGGAGGCAGCCCGGUACCUGGCCCAAAACGGCUUCGUCGCGCUCUCCGUGGAGUACGCCAACGAGGCCUAUCCGGGAGGCUGCGACGAGUUCGAUGCCCGGAGCCGGCAAGUGGCUGAGGGUCUGCGCCACUUCUGCUCUCGGCCAGACCUUGGCAUCAACUGCGCCCUGGGCGUCGCUGUCCUUGGUUUCAGCCUGGGAGGCCAGAUCGCCCUGAAGUUGCGGAAUUUCAAUGCCAACGUUUCCGCGGCCCUGUCCAUUGCAGGAUCCAUCCUCUUCGAGGGCCAGUGCUUAAUGAGCCAUGACUUCGUGCUGGAAAGGUCGAAGCGUCGGAUCACCGUUGGCAGCGACGAUCGGCACUAUGGCUCUUUGGUGAAGUGUGUUGGGAGCUCAGGUUACGACUGUGGCAGCAACCACUGCAUCCAGCCCGAUGGCUCUGGGUUCUACAUGGUGACCGAGGACGAGAUCGGGCGGAGCCCGCAUCACAACUAUUAUAUCGACCCUCUGACCCAGGGCAUGGCCCAGGAUUUCAAGAGCAGCGAGGCCCCCUGGGGUUUUGCGGCCUGCGUCCGGUGGCUGGUGGGCGCAUCGAGUGCCCAGUGCACGCAGUGA